GCGGCGGCGACGUGAGCGCGCAGGGGGGCGGCGGCCUCGCUUCGUCUCUCUCUCUGCGCCUGGGUCGGGUGAGUGACGCCGAGCGCGAGAGAGAUGUCGGAUUUUGACAGUAACCCGUUUGCGGACCCGGAUCUUAACAACCCCUUCAAGGAUCCAUCAGUUACACAGGUGACAAGAAAUGUUCCACCAGGACUUGAUGAAUAUAAUCCAUUCUCAGAUUCUAGAACACCUCCACCAGGCAGUGUGAAAAUGCCUAAUGUACCCAAUACACAACCAGCAAUAAUGAAACCAACAGAGGAACAUCCAGCUUAUACACAGAUUGCGAAGGAACAUGCUUUGGCCCAAGCCGAACUUCUUAAACGCCAGGAAGAACUAGAAAGAAAAGCUGCAGAAUUAGAUCGUCGAGAACGAGAAAUGCAAAACCUCAGUCAACAUGGCAGAAAAAAUAAUUGGCCACCUCUUCCUGCCAAUUUUCCUGUGGGACCUUGUUUCUAUCAGGAUUUUUCUGUAGACAUUCCUGUAGAAUUCCAAAAGACAGUAAAGCUUAUGUACUACUUAUGGAUGUUCCACGCUGUAACACUGUUUCUAAAUAUCUUUGGAUGCUUGGCUUGGUUUUGUGUUGAUUCUGCAAGAGGGGUUGAUUUUGGAUUGAGUAUCCUGUGGUUCUUGCUUUUUACUCCUUGUUCAUUUGUCUGUUGGUACAGACCACUUUAUGGAGCUUUCAGGAGUGACAGUUCAUUCAGAUUCUUUGUAUUCUUCUUCGUCUAUAUUUGCCAGUUUGCUGUACAUGUACUCCAGGCUGCAGGAUUUCAUAAUUGGGGCAAUUGUGGUUGGAUUUCAUCCCUUACUGGUCUCAACCAAAACAUUCCUGUUGGAAUUAUGAUGAUAAUCAUAGCAGCACUUUUCACAGCAUCAGCAGUCAUCUCGCUAGUUAUGUUUAAAAAAGUACAUGGACUAUAUCGCACAACAGGUGCUAGUUUUGAGAAGGCCCAACAAGAGUUUGCAACUGGUGUGAUGUCCAACAAAACUGUCCAGACUGCAGCUGCAAAUGCAGCUUCAACUGCAGCAACUAGUGCAGCUCAGAAUGCUUUCAAGGGUAACCAGAUUUAGAAAAUCUUCAAACAAUACACUGUUACCUUUUGAAUAUACUUUUUCCUCUAAUUACUGUAUUCUACAAAUAUUUUUACGUUCAAAACAUACAGUACACACAGCAUGGGUAUUUCCUGUUCACUUGUGCAUGAGCUAAAACCAGAAAAACUUCCUUAUUACUUUAUUUAAUAGUUUCUUAUUAUUUCAGUGCCCCUAGCAGAAAAAAAUAUUACAUGUUAAAUAAAUAUUCUCCAUAUUUUUUGGGGGAUGAUGUUCAGUGAAUUAUUUCAGUGGUGACACACUGAAAUUAAUAUGGUACUUAUGAUUAAAAAUGCACUUAAUGCUAAUUGCAAUAGUUCUUGCAAGAAUCUUUAGAAAUAAGAAUUACACAUUGGAACAGUAAAGCUAUGUUUCAUUUCUUUUUCCCCAUUUAUAUUGAAAGAAAUAGGCCAGCAGAGACUUACAGAUUUGUAAAUUGGCUUGCUUUUUAGGAGUUUCAGUCACCAGUGAAAAGCCUGUGUGCAUUUUGUAGUAAAUAAUGUAAAUUUAUCCUCUUUUUAUUUUCUUUUUUUAGAGUAGUUAAUAUUUUGAUAACAAUUUCUGAUCUUGCAUGGGAACCAUGUUUCUUAAAAGAAUUAGUAUUUUGGGUUCUGUACUGCUUAUGGUUGUAGGAUUCAGGAGUUGCUUAUGGAAUCAUAGAAAUGAUUUUCUGUAAUUUAAUUAAAUUUUUAAUUUAAGUAAAAAUUUAUUGGGUUUCAGUAUAGAAAUUUAAUAUAAUAUGUAGUGCAUUAUCCAAAAGAUAACUUAAUAUAAUAUGCAGUACAUUAUCCAAAAUAGAAGUUAAUUGAUG